AGUAAAUAGCCUAAGUCUGUGAUGUCAGAGCUUCACAUAAAUCUUUUCCACUUAGUGAGACAUGCUCAGUUUGAUCAUCUGACAGUAGAGCAAGAGGAAACAUGUUCUACACAGACCUCACACUGAAGAUGAUUAUGAAGAUGAUGCUGAUGUGGAUUACAGCGAUGCUUUUUAAUAAAACUGACUCUGCCGAGAUACAAUACGUCUCUCAGCCGAAUCCACUGCUCGCUGCUGAUGUUGGUGAUAACGUGACGCUGCACUGCUUUAGAUCAGGAGGAGAAAACACCGGAGUUAUCUAUUGGUACAAGCAAAAAGUCGGACACGAGCCUCGUGUGAUGAUCACAGUUCAACACGAACCCGAUUACGAAGAUGAGUUCCAGCCUCCAAAAUUCAGCAUCGAGAGAGAAGAAACGAGUAUUCAUUUAAAAAUCGCUAACGUCGGACGGUCAGACGAAGCCGUGUAUUACUGUGGACGCAGAAAAUUUUUGACAAUGUUUGGAAAUGGAACAUUUUUAUCAGUCAAAGAUGACAGAGAUGUAAAAGUGAGUGUGUGGCAGCGCGGCGUGUUGGACUCGGUUCCUGCAGGAGCCUCAGUGACUCUGCAGUGCUCGGUUCUCUCUGAGAGCAGAGCAGCAGAACUCCAAGUGCUCUGGUUCAGAGCUGCUCCACCACAAUCCCAUCCUCAAAUCAUUUCCACUCAUCACAACAGCAGCCGUCAGUGUGAGAGCGGCUCUUCUACACACACCUGUGUGUACAACUUCUCCAAGAACAUCCUCAGCCUCAACGAUACUGGAACUUACUACUGCGCUGUGCUCCUGUGUGGGAAGAUCAUCUUCGGGAACGGGACACGAAUACAGAUGGAGAGAUCUCUGGGUCCUGUAAUGAUCUACAUCUCUGUGGCUUUGGGACUGUGUUUGGUUGUGAUAUUCACUUUAAUCUUUGCUCUAACCUAUGAAGGGACAAACAGUAAUGAAGACAGAGUGAGACUUAAACCAGGUUCUGUGACCGAAAAGACCCUCGACAAGGACUGUGACACUGUGGAGGUGAAUUACGCUGCCUUACAUUUUAAAGAGCGGAGAGACAAAAGAGGAAGAGUCAAGAAACAACAAGCUAUUAAAGAUAUUAUCUAUUCUGACGUGCGACAUCUUUCCAGCUCCACCUUGAGGGUGCUUCCCUGUCUAAAGAUGACGCCUCUGUGGAUUCUUGUCUUAUCUCUUAACAUAAGAACCCAAGCUGUGGAUUUUUCCAGACCAUCGUUUCUCUUGGUCAAACCUGGAGAACGUGUUACUCUUAACUGUUCAUUGGGACAUUUUAAAUCUUCUGAAAGUGUUUUCUGGUACAAACAAAUAUUUGGAGAAAUGCCUCAAGAAAUAGGAAAAAGAUUAGCGUAUAAGCACAUCAACGGUUUGACCGAGUUUAAGACGUCAGGAUUUGUAAUGGAGAAAAAGGAUAAGAACUUUUUUCUGAUAAUUCCACAUAUAAAAGACAAAGACGAAGGACUUUACUACUGUGGAAAAAGUUUCAUGGACGAUUUUUUAUUAUCCAGUGGAACGUUCUUGGCUGUAACAGAUGACGGAGAUGCAAAAGUCUCAGUGUUUCAGCACGGCCUGUGGGACUCGGUCCGGUGUGAGAGCGGCUCUUCUACACACACCUGUGUGUACAACUUCUCCAAGAACAUCCUCAGCCUCAAUGAUACUGGAACUUACUACUGCGCUGUGGCCCUGUGUGGGAAGAUCAUCUUCGGGAACGGGACACAAAUACUGAUGGAGAAUGUUCCAGAAAUGGUGAUCUACCUCCCUGUAGUGGUGGUCGUGUGUGUGAUUGUGAUCUUCGCUCAAGCUUUUAUAAUCUGUAAAAUGAGAUACUGGGAACAAUUUAGAGUGAGAUCUCAAAAACGUUCUGCAACAGAAAAAAACUCCAGUCAGGGUCGCGAUGCAGAGGAGUUGAAUUACGCUGCUUUACAUUUCAAUAAGAAGAAGAAUACCAACAGAGUGAAAAGAAAGGAAAAAAAUCCUGAAGAUUUUUGUGUUUAUUCUACAGUGAGAUCUGCGACCUAGAAUAAAUCUGUUAAAUUAAUUAUUUAAUUUAUUAAUUCAUUUUUUUAGUUAAUUUAUUCAUUUAUAUCUCACUGCCAGGAAUGACUGAUUGUGAUAUUAGAUAUGAGAGGUGAAUUUUAUGUCUGUCAUUUAUAAUUCUUUCUUGAGAAGAUCAAAGCCGUUGAACAUUUUCUUCAUGUAGUUAUGAUAAUGUUUAGUGACAAAAAAAUCUAAACACUUGCGAUGUGUUAAUGCUGGAAUUGUGCACAUGAGUAAAACUAUACUCUAUACUAUACUCUAAUAUAGAGUAAACACUCUAUAUUAAAGUGAACAUUUCCAGCUCUGGUAGCUAACUGUUUAAUUCAACUCAGUUUUAUUUGUAUAGUGCUUUUAACAAUAGACAUAUUCUUAAAGCAGCUUUAAAGAACAUAUGAAACAUAAUACUCACUCACUCAUUUCACUCACUCAUCUUCUACCGCUUAUCCGAACAACCUCAGGUCACGGGGAGCCUGUGCCUAUCUCAGGUGUCAUCGGGCAUCAAGGCAGGAUACACCCUGGACGGAGUGCCAACCUAUCAC